AUGCUGAGAAGCAUUGCAUCAAUUGCGGCAACCCUCCGCAGCUGCCAAGGCCGGCCUCCUUCCCAGAUGUUUAGACCAGUCUUGCGAUCGUGGCGACCAAGAAUCAUCAAACCCUCUGUCUUCACUGCAUCCUUUACAACAUCACCGUUCGAUCGUCCGGAUGUCACCCAAGCCAUCUACAGCCCAAUCCACGCCUCCGUUCACACCUCGAUCGACCGGCCCGUCCCACCCAUGCCCCACUCGCCGGUGACCGUAAAGAUCCAGGGGCCCAACGAGGAAUCUGGACCCGGCCACGAAACCCAUCUUCAAGACCAGCUGCACUCCAUACAGAACGACACAAAAUAUCUUCGUCUUGAUGGAGACACUCCCUCCGACAAGGAGUGGGCACUCCUGAGCGCUCAUUUCUCCCACGUGGAGAAUCUCGAGCUCGACAGUGGGUUCAACGAAGACCUCAAUGAUAAAGAUAUUCCGCAUCACUGGCCUCUUCGACGUCUCGAGCUGCGAUCAGCGUGUGGCCAGCUGGUGCAGAGCCCCUUCGUCCGCCAGGGACGAGUCUCUCAUCUGAGUCUACUUCUCACUGGUGGCCUUCGCUUCGCCGGCCCAACGAAUUCGGAGCUGUUGCGCGAGCACAAGGAAGAAGUGAAGCGCGGAGAAGUAGAAACGGAAUAUAUCAUGCAAAAUCAGGGCACGCCAGAGGAGAAACAGAUCGAGCUGAUUUAUAUGCCGGACCUGGUCUCCAGGCAUAUGAACAAGUUCCACUCGGGUCCUGGCGGAAAUUCAGACCCCGAGAGCGUACCCCCUUCUGAUCAGAUCAACCUGCGCACACUAGAGAUCUUCGAGAACGACGCUAUUGAUACUUUUUGUCGUCUGACGAUAAGUCAGCCCCAUUUAGUGAAUAACCUCCAGACACUCCGUAUCCGCUCUACGGGCGGAGCAGAUUUUAUAUAUCUCGACGAGGGACCAUUCCGCUUCAUACUGCCGCAGUUGGUGAAUCUGAAGACGCUGAACUUGACGGUUGGUGAUGUGUUCAGGGAUCCAGCAUAUCUCCCCACCCUACACGAAAUCCUCCCGCCCAAUCUGACAACCCUGUUCUUCCGUGCUCCGGCUUCUUUGUGUCAAUCCGAGAAAUGGUCCGCCUGGCUGCGCGCAUUUGAAUCGAAGGAAUUUUUGCCGCAAUUGCAACGCCUCGCAUUUGUCCUUGAUUUGCAUCAUGAAGUAAAGGAAGAAGGUUCGAGUCGGAAGCGUGUGGUUCCUGCGCCUGUAAAUGUCCUCUAUCAGGCUCGCAUCGCCUGCGAGCAUAUCUAUGGCACUGUCAGGAGGCGCGGGGUCAGCAUUGAGGCUAUGCCUCCCGAGCCUGAAGCUGAAAACAAUCUGUUCCAACCUGUGGAUGAUCGCUGGUGA